AUGGCGGAUCCAAAGACAGUGUUUCCAAGUACGACUCUCGUGGAUGAACUAUGGGAGAGCAUCAAUACCGAUCCAGUCGCAAUUGCGUUGCCGAGUUCUUAUGUCAAAGAGCACCAGCUAGAGCCAUCAACACAAUACCCUUGGAACCCCGAUAAAAAAGACCAAGAUGUCAUUGAACUCGCUCGAGCCGGGAAGAAACAAGUCUUGAGGCGCAGAUUUGCACUGGUCAGCUUGAUUGGCUUUGCAUGCAGUCUCAUGGGAACUUGGGAGGGUGUUCUAGUGUUCUUCCUACUCGGUUAUCAGAAGUUGGUCUCCAAUGCAGCUUGCAGCCUUUCUAAAUCGGCUAUCGCCUGUGGAGGGCCUGCCGGCCUCAUUUAUGGAUUCCUGGUCAUAUGGUUUGGUACAUUCUGUACAUUUGUCACUAUGAGUGAGUUGGCAUCCAUGGUUCCUACUGCUGGGGGCAGUAUCACUACGUGGCAAUCCUUGCACCGACAUCUUCUAAGAAAUUUUUGA